AUGCCAAACAUUGGAAAAUCAUCACUCUUCAAUGUCAUGACGAGCAGUAGCGUUCCUGCCGAGAAUUACCCAUUUUGCACCAUUGAUCCUUCUGAAGCCCGAGUGGAGGUGCCUGACGAUCGUUUCACCUGGCUUUGCGACCUUUAUCGACCCAAAAAAGUGACUCCUGCCCAUUUGACAAUCCUGGAUAUUGCUGGCCUUGUUCGAGGCGCAGCUCAAGGUGCUGGUUUGGGCAAUGCGUUUUUAUCCAAUGUUGCUUCGGUCGAUGGCAUCUACCAUCUUGUGCGCGCUUUUGAGAAUGACGAUGUCACCCACGUCGAAGAUACUGUCGAUCCUAUCCGAGAUUUGGAAAUUAUUCACGAUGAACUUCGUCUCAAAGACGAGGAAACUUUGGAACGCUAUAUUACUGAUUUGGGUCGCGCUGCCAAAUUUCCCAAUGCUAAACAGGCGCAGGGAGUCAUGUCAAAGAAGGAAGAAUUGGCCGUAGUGGAAAAGGCUGCUGAGCACCUUGCCCAAGGAAAGGAUGUGCGCAAUCUCGAGUGGACUGCUCCGGAAGCUCACGUUAUCAAUUCAUUACAUUUACUGACCGCUAAACCCAUGGUCUAUCUUUGUAAUAUUAGCGAAGACGCUUACGUUAGUGGCAGUAACGGUCCAUGGCUAUCUGAAAUCCAGCAAUGGGUGGAAAACCAUAACCCCAACGAUCUCAUCAUCCCCCUUUCCGUUGCCUUUGAAGCCAAGGCUGCCGAGGAAGGUGCAGAUUAUCUGGCACAAACAGGUGUAGCAUCGCAACUUCCCCGCGUGAUUUUGGGAGGAUACAAAGGCUUGCAUUUGAUCCAUUACUUUACCUGCGGUGAACAAGAAGUGCGCGCGUGGACAGUGCGGGAAACCACCAAAGCACCGCAAGCCGCUGGUGUUAUACAUUCCGAUUUUGAGCGUGGGUUCAUCUCGGCUGAAGUGAUGAAAAUGGGUGAUCUGCGACAACUGGGUACAGAAGCGGCUGUUCGAGCUGCUGGAAAAUACAUGCAAAAAGGAAAAGACUAUACCGUGGAAGACGGCGAUAUCAUGCAUUUCAAGGCAAGUAUUUUUUUUUUUCUCUUAGGUUGCCACAAACGCAGUUAUUGA